AUGAGUCAAUUCAUUGAAUCAGAGAAUGAGAUUUUUAAGGCGCAAAAAGCACUUUUGACUUUUCUCGGUUGUUGGACGAAAGAAUCUUCGUCUUUUGCUUGGAUGACAUAUCUUCGAGGUUAUUUCAAUGCUACGAUGAACAGCAUUUGUGUGUUGGCGCAAUACACGUUUGCGAUAAAGCAUCGUGAUAACUUGAUCUUGGUGCUUGAUUGCAUGUGUCCUGCAACGACAAUGGGUGUUACGGCAUUUAAAAUUUUCAUGUUGGUGUGGAAAACUAAGGAGUUGAACGGGAUUUUUGAUACGAUUAAGGAUGCUUUCAAGAGAGAAGUGGCUGAAAAAGGAGUUUCUGUGAGAAAAUGGAUUCCAUUAAAAGGAUUUUACUCAACAAUAUUUUUGAUGUCUACUACAGGAACUGUUGCAUUUUCCUUUUUUGCUUUUCCGAUUAUUUUCAACAUUCAAUCCAGCAUAAAAGGCGUCGAUUUUGUACCUGAAACGAUGUUCAAGAGCGUUUGGCCAUUUAAUCAUUUAGUUACUCCUUAUAUGGAAAUUAUCUAUCUUUAUAUGACUUACUUGCUGUUUGUUACACAAUUCGGCAUUUCAGGCAUCGACAACUUGUUUAUGGAUAUUUAUUUGCAUGUUGCUGCUUUGAUGAAUAUUCUCGCUGAAGACUUGAAUUCUAUGGAAAAACGAUUUUUGACUAAUUACAAACUUGAUUCCGUCUCGAAAUUCACUAAAGAACAAAACACUAAAUUCUAUCAUGAAAUUAAAAGAUUGGUCAAAAAACAUCAAUUUUAUCUGGAAUUCUGCAAACGUGUUGAAAUUUUCUUUUCUGAAAUAAUUUUAGUUCAUUUUGUCUCAUCCAGUUUCAUUCUCUGCAUGAGUUUGAUGGAUCUCUUAUUGGCGCCUGGUCUUAUUAAAAUCACGUACAUUAGCUAUAUUAUUGCCGCAACAACGCAAGUUUUCAUCUAUUCUUAUGCUGGAGGGCAACUUGAAGAAGCGUGUAAUAACAUUGAAGUAGCUACUUAUGGGAUUUCGUGGUAUCGAAUGGAUUCACGGAACAAGAAAUUGUUGAUGAAACUCUUGAUGCGAUCACAAAGAACGGUUCAGAUAAAGGCUCCUUUUGUGACAGCUUCGUUGGCAACCUUUGAAGCGAUUGUUCAAGCUGCUCGUUCGUAUGUUACUUUGCUGUAUACAUUUAUCUAA